AAUCAUCAUCAACAAAAAAAACAAAUGAGCUCUUAUUUUGUAAACUCAUUUUGCGGUCGCUAUCCAAAUGGCCCGGACUACCCGUUACAUAAUUAUGGAGAUCCCAGUGCCGUGAGCGAGCAAUUCAGGGACUCCGCCAGCAUGCAUUCCGGCAGGUACGGCGGCGGCGGCGGCGGCGGCGGAGGCUACGGCUACAAUGGCAUGGACCUCAGCGUCGGCCGCUCGGCUUCCAGCCACUUUGGGGCAGGGGGCCCCUCGGAGAGGGCUCGCAGCAGCUACCCCGCCAGCGCUGCCCCCGAGGCCAGGUACGCCAGCCGGGCGGCGGCGGCGGGGGCCACGGGGGCCACUCACUCGCCUCCGCCUGACCCUCUGCCCUGCGCCGCUGCCGUGGCGGCGGCCACCUCGCCUGUCAGCGGCGACGCUCAUCACGGCGGCAGCGUGAAAAACUCCACGGCCAACUCGAGCAGCACUUCGUCCACUUCCAGCAGCGGCGCCAGCAGCAGCAGCAGCAGCGCCAGCGCCAGCAGCAGCGCCAGCAGCACCGGCAACAACCCCCACCACCUAGGCAGAGAAGGGCUCAGCACGUCGCCAGGCACCGAGGAGGACGCCCCGGCCAGCAGCGAGCAGGCGAAUCCCCAGCAGAACGACCAAAGCACAGCUCCACAGCCGCCACAGCCCCAGAUCUACCCCUGGAUGAGAAAACUGCACAUAAGCCAUGACAACAUAGGGGGUCCCGAAGGGAAAAGGGCUCGGACUGCUUACACCCGCUACCAGACCCUGGAGCUGGAGAAAGAGUUUCACUUCAAUAGAUACCUGACCCGCAGGCGGAGGAUUGAAAUAGCGCACGCUCUUUGCCUCUCAGAGAGACAGAUCAAGAUCUGGUUCCAAAACAGGCGGAUGAAAUGGAAAAAGGAUAACAAGCUGAAGAGUAUGAGCAUGGCAGCGGCGGGAGGAGCCUUCCGCCCUUAAGAGGAAAAGCCCCCGGCCCUGAAGCUGCUGCUGCUGCUGCUGCUGCUGCUGCUGCUCCUUCUCCUUCUUCCUUCCCCGGAAGAAAACAAAACAAAAAACCCCGAGUAACUGAGCAGUAUUAUAAUUGAGCUGACCCUGCGUGGAAUGUCAGUAGCCUCUUCCCGCUCCUGUUCUCCUUCUGCCCAUCGUUCUGUAGACCACAUUGACUUGCUCCAACUUCUCUGGGAGGCUGAAGAUUCCCUCGCCCAUCGUUUCAUCCUGAGCCUGUUUUAAUUGAGCCCCCCCGCCCCGCCCCCGCCCGCGUCUCCCUCUUCCUCUCUCUCUCUAGCGCGUGUUACGAGUAGAUCUGCUUCCCGUGCAUUUUAUGUCUUGAAUGGCUUUUGUCUUGAAGGGGGGGGGGACAAUGUAGAUGUUUUAACUUAUUUAUAUGAAGCGAGUGGUGUUACUUGAAGUAACUGUAAAGUGGGAGGGGGGAACCGAGGGGGGGGGAGACACCCUAGACAAACACAAAAGUAAAGGAGGACGAUCUGUUCCCUCGUUCGCUUCCCCCUCAACUCCUUCCCUUCUGGCUCCCCUACAAGUCCUGUUUGACUCCCAAUGUUCUCUCUCUCUGUGUGUGUUGCACUCGCUGUGCUUUGCUGUGCAUGUGUGUUCAAAACGUGUCAGUGUCUGUAUAGCUCCAAGCUGUGGCCGAGAUUUCCGAUCAGAAACGACCUAUCUUAUUUCCCUGUGUCCAUUAAUGGCUGUUGUAGAGGUGAAUAUGACGAAAUACAAAAACGGAACGUGUCCUAACGUGUAGUGAAUCGUGAAUCUGUGACGAAAACUGUGAUUCCAGACAGUAUGUCCUUUGCUUGUGCCUUUGUAUAUGACUCUCUUUGCACGAAGUCUUAGAAGUGGCUUUUUUAUUAAGCGCAGCUUCAGUAACGUAUUCCCCCCCCCUUCUCUCUUAUAGCUCCCUUCCUUUCUUUUGGUGAACAAAGUUACACAUAGAGUCAAAGUCUGGCUGUUUGAGCAAACAAUAAUAAUAAUAAUAAUAGCAGCAACAACAACAAUAAUGUGAUCGGCUUUUGAAAAGAAACUGGUUUUUUUUUAAUAACUGACUGGAAAAAAUAAACUUUCUAUUGUAAGGGUU